GCUGUAACACGCUUCGCUGCAUUUCGUUACACGUUUGUCCUGUCUGGAAUGUAAUUUUGCAACAAUUUUAUUAGUUGUUGUUUCAUAAUUUUAAUUGAAAAGCAUUUUCAAUUGAAUCAUUCCUGGAAAGAAAUUUAUUUUUUUAUUUAUUUUCCAAAUGAAGACUAAGAUAAUGCACAAGAAAGGGAAGAAACGGUCUCUUAGUGAAACUUCUGUUUCUAAAGUAAAAUUGAAUAAAAAACAAGAGAAUGUUAAUGAAUUUAAUAAGAGUCCCAAAAGAGCCAAAAUUGGUUCUAAGCAAAAUGGAAAUCCUACAUUGAUGGGAAGAACCCAAAUCUUUAAGGUAGUAGACAAGCAGAAAAAGGAACAGAAUAAGAUAAUCGAACAACAGAAUAAUAUCGUGAAAUCGGAAACGAAGAAAGAUACAAAAGAAACGGCAAAAUUAAUGAUUGUUAAACCUAAGAAUGAGACUAUUGGUAAAAGCAGCAGUCGGCCGAGGAAGAGAUAUCCUUACAGAACUAUUACUCUUACUGCAGAACAGAUAACAAAAAAGAUAACAGAAAUCAAGGGCAGAGAAGUGCUAUCAAAGAGAGCACACAGAGUAUUAGGUAAACUUAACAGAAAAUUGAGAGAAAUUAUAAAUGAGUCAGAGAAAUUAGAUACAGUAGGAAAGAAAAAUAAAAAAAUAGAACAUUAUGCAAAUGCAUUGAUGAAGAAUAAACAGAAAGUUAAUGAUGAAAAUAAAUUGAAAGUAGAAAAGAAACAUGUACAAAGUAAAAGUAAACCACAAGAGGAAGAUGAAAACGAUAGUGACAUUAAGGAAGAUGAAGAUAAAGAUAGUGACAUUGAGGAAGAAAGUGACAAGGAUGAGAGUGACGAAAGCGAGGCAGAAAAUGAAUUUGUUGAUAAUAAAAAACUAGAGAUUGAUAACGAAAGUGAUAAAGAUGAAGAAACUGAUGAAGAUGAAGAGGAAGUAGAGGAAGAAGAUGAAGGGGAUGUAGAAGAUAAAGAGGAUGUAGAAGAAGAAGAGGAUGUAGAAGAUGAAGAGAAUAUAAAAGAUGAAGAAGAUGAGGAGGACGAGGAGGAUGAGGAGGAGGACGAGGAGGACGAGGAGGACGAGGAGGAUGAGGACGAGGAGGACGAAGCUGACGAGGUUGAAGAAAAUAUAAUUAAAAAAACAAGAAUUUCAGCAAUAAAACAAAAAGAUGUACAAAAUAAGAAUAAACAAGUUCCUCAAUCUCUGCAUAAUCAGAAAAAAGGAGAAGUGAACAAAAAGCGAUAUGUCCUAUUUGUGGGCAAUUUACCACUAAAUAUAACUGAGGAUGAGAUCAAACGGCACUUUUUGACUAAAGUUGGUACAAUAAUUAGCAUUAGAAUUCCAACUAAAUCAAAUAAAACACCACGUGGCUUUGCAUAUGUGGAGAUGACAAAUAAUAUAGAUUUUGAGAAAGGUCUCUCGUUAAAUCAUACGUUUUUAAAGAAAAAGAGGAUCAAUGUUCAAUAUUCGAUGCCUAUGAACAGCAAAAAGACAGAUACUACUAAAAAGCUCGUAGUUGCCAAAAAUAUGAAGCUACAAGCGCUUCAGAAGACUGGAAAAUUAGCUGAUGGGAAUGAAAAAAAAAAGAAGCUUAAAAAAGAGAAAUAGGACACUGAUCAAAAUAUAAUGAAGUGAAUAGGAUUAAUCAAUAAAAGAACUAUUUGCAAAAUGUUUGCUUCCAGCAAUUAGCAUUUUGAAAUGAAAGAGCGAAUUUAAUAAGGAAAAA